GAUUGGUUGCUUCUGAAGGGGGGUGGUGGGGUUUUCUCUGCCUGCUUCCCGUUAUCGCGGAGGGUUAUGGGGCAGGCCCCGGCAAGUACGGAGCGGUGUGAGGCGCCGGGCAGUGGUGUGUCUCGGGGGUCUGCCGUUCUUGAAUUUGUAGAAGUGAAAGGAAAAGACCAGAGGUGAGGACUUUUGUUUUUCUGUUGCGAUGAAGUGUGUCAGCUCCUCAAGCCAUAAAAGAAGCAUUCACAGCAUCACAAAAACGGUGUGACAGUCGUGAGAGGCGACGUGUGGCCCCAUGACUCUAUAGUUAAGAAGAGCAGAGGGGAGGAUGUUACAUCACCACUGCCGCAGGAAUCCUGAGCUGCAGGAGGAGCUGCGGAUACAGGCAGCGGUGGCUGCUGGAGACGUCCACACUGUUCGCACUAUGCUGGAACAGGGCUACUCACCCAAUGGUCGUGAUGCCAAUGGAUGGACUUUGCUUCACUUUUCAGCAGCACGUGGAAAAGAACGAUGUGUGAGAGUAUUCCUAGAGCAUGGAGCGGAUCCUACAGUAAAGGACUUGAUAGGGGGAUUUACAGCGUUACAUUAUGCUGCCAUGCACGGACGGGCACGGAUUGCGCGUCUCAUGCUGGAAUCAGAAUAUCGUAGUGACAUUAUUAACGCCAAGAGCAACGAUGGCUGGACGCCGCUACACGUGGCCGCCCACUAUGGAAGAGACUCUUUUGUCAGGUUACUGUUGGAGUUUAAAGCGGAGGUUGAUCCCCUUAGUGACAAAGGCACCACUCCCUUGCAGCUUGCCAUCAUCCGAGAGAGAUCCAGCUGCGUCAAAAUUCUCCUGGACCACAAUGCCAACAUUGAUAUUCAAAACGGGUUUCUACUACGCUAUGCUGUGAUCAAAAGUAACCAUUCGUAUUGUCGCAUGUUUUUGCAAAGGGGAGCUGAUACGAACUUGGGACGGCUAGAAGAUGGGCAAACACCUCUUCACCUUUCAGCUCUACGGGACGAUGUCCUCUGUGCCCGUAUGUUGUACAAUUAUGGAGCCGACACGAACACUAGGAACUAUGAAGGACAGACACCUCUAGCUGUAUCGCUAAGCAUCUCUGGAACUAGCCGACCUUGCCUGGAUUUUCUACAGGAAGUACGAAGACAGCCCCGAUUUCUUCAAGAUCUAUGUCGGAUUAAAAUUCGCCACUGUAUAGGACUGCAGAACCUCAAGCUACUGGACGAGCUCCCUAUUGCCAGGGUCAUGAAGGACUACUUAAAACACAAAUACGAUGACAUCUGAGUGUGUCCACUGCAGCAGAGACUUGUUGCGUCAUUUCAGAUGUGAUUAUUCCAAAACUGGGGUAGGCUGUUGUCUUGCACAAGUAUAUCCUAUGCAAUUUCUGAUGUGGGUGGGAGUCAGAAGGCAGGUAUACAUUUUUAUAUAUUUUUGUUUUUGUUUUAAUAUUAUUUUCCCUGGUUUUUUUUUUUUAUAUGGUGUGAUAGAAAGUCUUAAUCUUUUGAGAUCCAGGUUUUGAGGUCCACACUUUAAGUUUCACUUGAAAGAAGAAAACACUUAACACUUUAUGACAUUUUCUUUCUAAUAUCUGACACAGAGCAAAUGUGGCCCCUAUCU